GCAAGUUUCAUAAGUUGACUCUUUUGCACAAUCCCAUUUUUCCAUUCUCUAUCGAUCAUCACGCUGCGAUGUCUUCAUCUCCCUCGUUCUCCAUAACCAACCUUCGCCUUCGCACUCUCGUCGUCUUCUUCAGAAAAUUGACCACCAAGGACUACGCAAUCGCCGCAUUCGCCUUCUUCCUUCUCCUCUCUCUCGCUUUCUUCUCCCAAUUGCAUCACCACCACCAUUCCCACUCUCUCUCCAAUCUCAUCCCCUUCACUCCUCUCCCUAACACCAUCCUAAGAGGCGCAAUUUGCUUGGAUGGAAGUGCCCCCGGCUUCCAUUUCCAAAAGGGUUUCGGAUCCGGAUCUCGCAGUUGGUUGCUCCAUCUCGAGGGAGGAGGAUGGUGCAAUUCGAUAUCUUCAUGUUCUCGCCGAAAAUUUACUGCUUUGGGUUCAUCCAAGUAUAUGGAGACGGUGGUUCCUUUUUCAGGGAUUCUAAGCUCUGACCGGUCUCAGAAUCCUGAUUUCUUUAACUGGAACAAGGUGAUGAUACGGUAUUGUGAUGGUGCAUCAUUUGCUGGUCACCCAGAGAGCGAGAAAGGAAGUGGGUUGUUCUUCCGAGGCCAGAUCAUAUGGGAAGCUAUUAUGGAUGAACUCUUAUCAAUUGGCAUGUCUAAAGCAAAACAGGCUCUGCUUUCAGGAUGCUCUGCAGGAGGGUUGGCAACUCUUGUACAUUGUGAUGACUUUCGACAAAUACUUCCAAAGGAGACCACUGUCAAAUGUCUUGCUGAUGCAGGCUUCUUCCUAGAUGAGAAGGAUAUUCGUGGAAAUAACACAAUGAGAUCUUUCUAUAAUGAUGUUGUGCAGCUUCAGGGUGUUGCAAAAAGUCUGCAUAAAGAGUGCCUUGCCAAAAUGGAACCAUCUAAGUGUCUCUUUCCAUCGGAAAUUCUUAAAAACAUAAAGACUCCAGUGUUCCUUGUUCACUCUGCUUAUGAUUUUUGGCAGAUACGCAAUAUUUUGGUACCUGAAGGAUCAGAUCCCUCUGGUCACUGGAAAAGCUGCAAAUUGAACAUUCACAAUUGCAAUGCAAACCUGAUUGAUAUACUUAACCGCUUCCGUAGUUCUUUGCUGAAGGCUUUGAAUGAAUUCCAGCAACGGAAGCAGAUUGGAAUGUUUGUAAAUUCUUGCUUUAUCCAUUGCCAGACUUGGAGGGGAGAGACAUGGUAUUCACCCAAUUCUCCUAAAAUACAAAAUAAGACGAUUGCUGAAUCUGUUGCUGAUUGGUUCUUUGACCGAGAAGUGAUCAAUCUUAUUGACUGCCCUUAUCCAUGCAAUCCUACUUGUCGUAAUUUGGAUUUUACCAGAGUAUAAUAAAGCUAAGGGGACCAUUCUCAUUGCCUGAUUAAUCAUGAAUCUGCAUUUCUUGAAGUUCAUGAAGGAAUAUUCUCCUUUCCUUAGCAUGAAUUUUUUCAUUAUUUAGUUGAAAUUCUGGCGGUAGCUCAUCUUAUUCCCCCUGUUAAAAGCUACAAGUCCCACAUUGGUGGGAUGAAGAAGAAAAUUAUAGUAAAAUUCAAUUCAAAUGUAUAAUUUAUUUGACAAUAUCUAAAUUUGUAAUAUUUUCCCUUA